GAUAGUUUCAUAAUAGAGCAAAUCUGGAAAACAAGGAUUGUGGAGUUCUGUGACAGAGGGUAAUCUCCUAGACGGUGAAGCCAGUGGGGUUUGUAAUUUCCUCACACUUUUUUCUUCCUUACUUCUUGCCUUUCACAUUUUUCUUAGGUGAUUUAUGUACUUUCCUGCCAAACAUGCCUUAGACUGUAUGUUUUUUUUUUCUUAGGUGAUUUAAUCAUUCUUGCAUGUCCCUGAGUUGAUUCCCGAACACUAUAGUCAACAAUUUUUAGUUUUUGUUCUUUUUCUUUGGUGCUUUAUAUGACAAUUGAAUUCUUUGGCUAAGUAAGAACGGUGUAACAAUUUUGUUAUCUGGUAGGUUUAGUGUAUUAUUUUGCAGUGAAAAGACCAAGUUGAGACCUUUAGGUUUUCGUAGUGCUGAGAUUUAAACUAUGAAUGGUUGUGGGGGUGAGAGCGGGAAAAGUGAAACAAGUGAAGGCUAUGCCAAUAACUCAGUGACUUUCGGAGAUGUGAUAUUUAUCAAGCUUCGCCGUAGCUCAUGGUGGCCUGCGCAGGUAGUUGAUGAAAAUAGUGUUAACAAGAGUGUUAAGCCAAGCAAACGGAGCAAGCGAUCACCCACUGACAUCCUUGUUAGGCAUUAUGGAAGUUACAUAUACUCAUAUGUAGAUCCUAUUAAAUGCCGUGCUGAGUUUAAGAAGAUAAUUGAGCAUAACGAUGGUUCUCUCAGGAAAAUACUUUUGCAAACUCUUGAACAGGACCUUCCUAGCACGAAAUCUGGUAGGUCAAAGCGGUCUUCAUUAAAGCCUAAAGGAUCAUCGAGCAAAGAUUCUGCAGGCAAGAAAAAAUCCAAUGGACAAGAUGAGGAGCAGAACAAAAUUAAGCACAAAAAGCAAAAAGAUAUGUCAAACGAUGAUAACGCUGGCCAAAGUCAUGAAACAAGCUCCUUAGGAAAGUCCCCAGAGUUGAGUUCCAGGAGAAUUAGAGUGAUGGAAAACCUUGGUCUUAUUGCUCCAGCUGGGUCACCAUUCCAAAAAGGUGCUCAUAAAGAUAACCAAGCCUCGUGAAUAUGGAUAUGAAGGAGUUGGUGUAGAGAACAGCAUGCAAAAACAUCCUCUUCUAACAUCACAUGUUCGUUUAAUUAGUUUAGGAUAAUCUUAGUCAAAAGCGGAACAUUAUCAUGCAUGCAAACUUUUGGCAACAGUUGUGUUAGGUGGUGUGAUUCUUUGUGGUGAAAGAAUCUAGGGAAUGGUUCUUGCAUCUUACUUUUAACUCUCUUUUUUCAACUAUGGAGAACUCUAUGUGUGUUUGUUUUAACCAUUGUAAUUUUUGAAAUAUGUGUGAUCAUAACUAAGAUAUUUCAUUUAAGUAAAAUAUUUGUUGACUAU